UCCCUCCCCCCUUCCCUCUGUAUCUCCUCCAGUCUCUAGUCUGCAGGACGGCAGUGUGGAGCUGCACACGUUUCCCCCACUGGAGUAGAAACUGGAUCCUAUCGCACCGGACCAAGACAGAAAGGGUGGACCAAGAACCAGACCUCUUCACCGUAGAGGGACAGAAAGGGUGGACCAAGAACCAGACCUCUUCACCGUAGAGGGACAGAAAGGGUGGACCAAGAACCAGACCUCUUCACCGUAGAGGGACAGUGAGUUUGUUAAGACCAGCAGGUAUGGUGGUUGUGUCUGUGGCAGUGCUGGCUCUGUGCUGCCUGCUGAUCCCCGGGGGGAGAGUGCCGGGGGGGUCGUGUCUCUCCGGCAGACUGGGGGGGGGCGGCAGGCAGACGACCAGCUGGCCCCCCAGGCCCUGGAGGACCCGGGAAACGAGCAAGAUCUCGCUGAGGAUUCACUGAGGCGCAGCGAGAGAGACACACAGGAGGCUGCACACACAGGUUUUAUUUCGGGGAGGGUGAGGAGAGCGCCAGAUGAAGGCAAAAAGAAAAAGAAGGACAAGAAGAAGAACAAAGAGCCAAAGGAUCCAAACGCCACAAAAAAGCCCAAAACUGACAAGAAGAAGAAGAAGAAAGACAGACAGAUGACCACGACUCUGCCGCCUACCACCACAGAGAUCCCGACUGAACCCCCGACUGAACCUGAGCCGUACACAGAAUACCAAUAUCCUGAUAUUGAUGAUGAUUACUGGAAACCUGACGAAGACUACUGGGAGGCCGAGCCCACGCCCCCCCGGCCCCAGCCCAGGGACCCCAUAACUGGUCUCCCCUACGACUCUGGGAGACCAGAGGAGAGACCAGAGGAGAGACCAGAGGAGAUACCAGAAGAGAUACCAGAGGAGAUACCAGAGGGGAGACCAGAGGGGAGACCAGAGGAGAGACCAGAGGAGAGAGAGCCGACCACGCCGACACCUGAUAGCUACGAUUACUUCUGGAAACCAGACGAGAGAGAGCCGACUGCUCCGGCGCCCGACAUCUACGACGACUACUGGACACCAGACAACAAAGACCCGUACGCUCCCGUGACUGAGCCAACGCCACCGGCCCCAAAGGCUGAUGGGAAAACAGAUGACACAGAUUACUGGGACGCCACAUACGAGGUGCCGGAGAAUCUCCCGUUCCCUGACGGCGAAGAGGUCAGCCCUGAAAUCAAAGUAGAAACUAUAACAGCCCGACUGCCUUUUCUGCCGAGGGUCGGCCAUCUGGUUGUUGUGUAA